UAAGGGUUUGCAGUUCUAACAAGCUCCCAGGUGUUACUGAUGCUGCUGGAUGGGAACCGCUUUAUGCAACAAGGGCCCAGCUGGCUAGGGAAGGGCGGCAGCUGAGAGCCCAGGUGGCAGCAGUCAGCAUCCCACGGGUAUAAGACCGCCAGUGGCGGCUGCGUGCUGCUCUGCAGGCGCCAUGGAGCUGAGCUAUAGGCUCUUCAUCUGCCUCAUGCUCUGGGGUAGUACCGAGCUGUGCUACCCCCAACCCCUCUGGCUCUUGCAGGGUGGAGCCAGCCGUGCUGAGACGUCCGUACAGCCCGUACUGGUGGAGUGUCGGGAGGCCACCCUGGUGGUCACAGUCAGCAAAGAUCUUUUUGGCACCGGGAAGCUCAUCAGGGCUGCUGACCUCACCUUGGGCCCAGAGGCCUGUGAGCCUCUGGUCUCCAUGGACACCGAGGAUGUGGUCAGGUUUGAGGUUGGACUCCACGAGUGUGGCAGCAGCAUGCAGGUGACUGACGAUGCCCUGGUGUACAGCACCUUCCUGCUCCACAACCCCCGCCCUGUGGGAAACCUGUCCAUCGUGAGGACUAACCGCGCAGAGAUUCCCAUCGAGUGCCGCUACCCCAGGCAGGGCAAUGUGAGCAGCCAGGCCAUCCUGCCCACCUGGUUGCCCUUCAGGACCACGGUAUUCUCGGAGGAGAAGCUGACUUUCUCUCUGCAUCUGAUGGAGGAGAACUGGAACGCUGAGAAGAGGUCCCCCACCUUCCACCUGGGAGAUGCAGCCCACCUCCAGGCAGAAAUCCACACUGGCAGCCACGUGCCACUGCGGUUGUUUGUGGACCACUGCGUGGCCACACCAACACCAGACCAGAACGCCUCCCCUUAUCACACCAUCGUGGACUUCCAUGGCUGUCUUGUCGAUGGUCUCACUGAUGCCUCUUCUGCAUUCAAAGUUCCUCGACCCAGGCCAGAUACACUCCAGUUCACAGUGGAUGUCUUCCACUUUGCUAAUGACUCCAGAAACAUGAUAUACAUCACCUGCCACCUGAAGGCCAUCCCAGCUGAGCAGGAACCAGAUGAACUCAACAAAGCCUGUUCCUUCAGCAAGUCUUCCAACAGCUGGUUCCCAGUGGAAGGCCCAGCUGACAUCUGUCAAUGCUGUAGCAAGGGUGACUGUGGCACUCCAAGCCACUCCAGGAGGCAGCCCCAUGUCGUGAGCCAGUGGUCCAGGUCUACUUCUCGUAACCGCAGGCAUGUGACAGAAGAAGCAGAUAUCACUGUGGGGCCACUGAUCUUCCUGGACAGGAGUGCUGACUAUGAAGUAGAGCAGUGGGCCUUGCCGGCUGACACCUCCGUGCUGCUGCUGGGCAUAGGCCUGGCCGUGGUGGCAUCUCUGACUCUGACCGCUGUUAUCCUGGUUCUCACCAGGAGGUGUCGCACUGCCUCCCACCCUGUGUCUGUUUCCCAAUAAA